AUGAACAUACCUCAAAUAUUGUUUGUUCUGGGCGGACCCGGUUGUGGUAAAGGCACAUGGUGCAAACGCAUAGCGGAAAACUACAGCGUGUUUCACUUGAGUGCGGGCGACUGUCUGCGCGAAGAGCAAAAACGAGAGAACAGCGAGUAUAAGGAACUGAUCGAAUCUUACAUCGUGAAGGGCGCAAUCGUGCCAUCUUACAUCACAAACGCGUUGGUGAUGAGGAAAAUUCGCUCGCUGGGCUUGCAAAAUGUGUACUUGUUGGAUGGCUUUCCGCGCAACAUGGAAAACUACGAGUCGUUCAUGAAGGAGUACAAGAGUGAAGGCGAGCGCGCGCUGUGCAUUUAUCUGAAUUGCUCGGAAGAAACGAUGCUGCAGCGGCUGAACAAGCGGUCGCUCACUAGCAACCGGAUAGACGACAACUUGGAAACGAUCAAGCUGCGGUUCAAAGUAUUCGCAGACAACACGCUGCCGGUAGUGGAAAAGUUUCGUGCGAAAGGCCGGCUGAUUGAGAUCGACACGAACAAAGACAUCACAGAACAAUGGGACGCGAUGAAGCCGGAGCUCGACGCGUUGUUUGAAAAGUUGAAUCAGCGGCAGAGUAAGCGAAGGGGGUGCUUAUUUUGUUUUUAA